AUGGGUUCCACUGAAGCAAAUACUGAAACAAAUUGCGAGUUUGUUAGUGAAAAACGUGAAAAUGAGCCACUGCAGAAUGAAACGGAAACAGUGACAUCACGACAAGAACUGCAUGAAAGUAAACUUACUGAUGUUCAGCAGGCUGAAAAUACAAAUAAACAGAAUGGGGAAGAUUCUGAAAAACACGUGAAGCAGUCAGAAACAACGGCCGGUAGGAAAGACAGCAUAGCUACGAAUACGAAUUCUGUAGCAAACGCAACGACGUUCGAACGUGCUUGGGAGUUCACAGGUUACCUGAAUCGUGCUAAUCCUUGUUCAGGUAAAGUUCUGUUCAGCAUAAUGAGCUAUAAUAUUCUUUCGCAACGGACGCUUGAAAAUAAUCCAGAAGUGCUUCAUAGCUUCAAUCCUCAGUCGGUAAUGUGGGAAUUCAGAGGCCCUAAACUGGCAAAGGAAAUUUACGACCUGAAUGCAGACAUUAUGUGCUUUCAAGAAAUGGAGAUCGACAGUAUGGACAUGUUGAAUUACAUGAACGAUCUUGGCUAUCUCGGCAUAAUGAAACCAAGGACUCCGAUGGAUAUGGACGGGCUGACCAUCUAUUACAGGCCGAAAUUGUUUCGGUUAGUGGAGUACAUCAGCGCUGACUAUGUCGAUCCACUGGUGGGGAUUGUGAACUGCGGACUGAUAGUGAAACUGGCUCUUGUAACAUCUAGUGAUGUAGAGCGAUACCUCGUUGUCGCUAACGCCCAUCUGCCACCCGGUAACGAGUCAUCCAAGACAAAAAUUUUACAGGUGGAGCUGCUGCUGUCGGAGGUGGAGCGCUUCGCGGGCGCGUGCCCCGUGCUGGUGGCCGGCGACCUGCAGGUGGAGCCGUUCUCUCCGCUGUACCGCCUGCUCACCAUGGGCCUGCACCCCCGCGACCAGUCGCCCCGCCAGCAGCGCCGCACCGCCCCCCGCUGCUCAACGCUCCCCGGGCCCGUCGCCGCCGUGCGGGAGCCCGCGCUGCUAGCGCCUCAGCCGCCUCCAGCCCGCUCGUGGGAGGUGACUCGGCUGGUACGGCCGGUGCGCGAGCAGCGGCACGAGCUGCUGCUGCGGUCGGCGUACCGACACGGCCGGCCGGGCAGCGACGGCGCCGAGGUGUCGCACCUGCCAGCGGCCGGCCGCGCCUGCUGCCCCGACUUCAUCCUGUACAGCGCCGCCGCUGGCGCGGGCAGCCUGGAGCUGGUGGCGCGCUACAGCCUGCCCACGCGCCGGCACGCCGCGCUCCUGGCGCCGCUGCCCAGCCACAGGCACCCCUCCGACCACCUGCCGCUCGUCGCCAACUUCGCCGUCGAGCUGUGA